GAAUCCAUUGUAGAGCCUGGUUACGCCGUAGUGGACAGGGACGGACGUGUUAUAGGGCCACGGGUGUUGCCAAUAGAGGCUAACCCGAGUGGUCGCCCUGCAAAAGGGCGGCCUCCCCCACAGUACACCCCUGAAGACAGAUCUUUCGAGAACCUCCCAAUGCAUGAUGACGACUUAGAUUUGGAUGAUCCGUCCAAUCUCCCACCGAGUGAGAGGCCCCCGGACCUACCACCCCCCAUGGCUAUGAUACCCAGCAACCGACCGAUUUCUAAUAAUUACGAAAACUAUCCAGAUGAUGGCCUUCCAGAGCCGCCUGCCUUCUUACGCGAUAUUGUUUAUCCACCACAUGGCCGGGAUCCCCGAUAUGACUCGGACGGACCUGCGCCUUACCAUCCACCUUCAUCACGG